AUGCUAUUCUUCUGUGAGACAAUUGAGAGACGUAAAAUCGGACAGAGAAAACAAUUUGUAACUAUUCAUCCAAAGGAGGAUGCCAUUUCCAAUUAUCAAAAUGACGCGGAUUUGCUUGAUAUCAAGGCCUACCUUCUGGAAAACACUAAGGUCCAAAAACUAACACUUUUCAUCGCGAGAUUCUUUGUCAACAGUAUUAAUGAAAUACGGCAUGGAUCCGAUAAAAUGAUGCCACACACUUAUAGACUUCACAAUGAAGAAACGGUCCAAAGUAAUGGCAACAGACCUUUUGGCAGGACAAUGUUCACAUUCACCGAAGUGUACUGUUGCGAAUGGAUCACAUUUGUGAGUGUGGUGGGACGUGUAUCUCGACGUCAGAUUUGUUGCGUCGUCGUCGGAAUUAUUGUUCUCGUUGCUCUUAUUGUCUUGGUUGUUUAUCUAGUUCAGGAGUAUCUGAAAUAUUCAUAUCACCAGAUUGGCAAAAAAUGA